GUGUGGCUGGGGGAGGGGUGCCCUGGGUGUAGGGGCGUGGACCGUCGUACCAGCCGGAGGCGCCCCGUGCACGGGACUCAAUGUUCAGCAUAGGGCGGCUGCUGUCCCGCCACGGGGCCGACCCGGGAGCGGCAUCAUGACGCUCGGCCAGCGCGUGCGCCAGCAGCAGCAGCAGCGGCGGCAGCUCCAGCUGGGAGUCCACCGCCUUCUGCUGUGCUGCGUCUCGUCCUGCAUCAUCAUCGUCACCGUCGCGCAGGCGGCGCGCACGGGAGGAGGAGGAGACAGCAGCGAUGGUGGUGGUGGUGGUGGCAGCGGUGGUGGUGGUGGCAGCGGUGGCGGCAGCGGUGGCGGCGCGUGCCCCGCGCGCACCCCGGACACGGCCACGGGGCAGAGCUGCGAGAGGCGGUGGCGCUGGGCGUGCGUGCUUCCCCCUCCACCACCGCCGCACCCUCCACCCCCGCCGCCUCGGUUUGGAAAACCACCGAAAGUCGAUCCCGAGCCUAAGCCAACAGAGCUGCCAAAGCUGUGGUGGCACGGCCUGGGCAUCGUACUGGUGGCGAGCGGCGUCUUCCUGGGCCUCGCGUGCGGGCUGCUGGCCUGCCGACGACUCUGCUGGAGGAAGCUGCGCGUGACCGAAGAGAACGGGGGGCUCAGGAGGUCGGAGUACGCGCUCACCCCGCAGCACGACGGCUUGCCGGACACCCUCGCCACCUGAACUUGAGGCCGCCCGCCUGCCCGUGCCGCACGUGAGCGGCGGCCGCAGCGGCGUGCCACCCGGCGAAUCGAGACGGAUGCCCACCGCCAGGUUCAACGCACCUGUGGGCAUGGCUUGAGAGGUGGUGGAUGGGGGCAUUGUCAAGGAACUGACCUUUGAAGAAGAGUUGCGUUUUCUCUUUGUUAUUUUUUUUGCCCAGUUGUGAAUGAAGUUCGGAUGUAGACAAUGAAGCAAAGUGAGGCCUAAGUGAGCAUUGUCACUUUGCCAACUGGGUACUGAUUUAGUUCUGAAGUGUAACCAAGGGUGACUUUGAUUGCAACCCCAAAAAACAUCUUUAUAAAUGUGUGUACAAAUGUAAAUCUUGAGACCAACUGGCUAGCAGAUUGUCCUGAGCAUACCGACCAAUCUAAAUCGUUGCCAUAGCUGCACUAUUGAUGUAGAAUUGUAGCUCUAGGUGAAGAGUAAAAAGGAAAAGUCCGUUUAAAAAUGUACUUAUCUAAUUAAUAUUUUGAAAUCUUAUUAGUCUACUUGGUCUUUCUAUGGAAUUGGCAUUCUAGCAAUUAUGCAUACAUGGGCAUGGAUUAGUGCCAAAGUAAAGCAUGCUGACAAAACCACAAACUCAAUUCUACAAGUUUAAAUAUAAGGGAUAAGUUAACAGCUGCCAGGAUAUGGAAAACAAGUUAUGUUUAUUUUGUGUACCUAUUGCUAAAUGUGUAACAUUGUUUUGGUUUCACGUUGACUUGUGCUGCACUGUUUUGAGAUUGAGCAACACCACAAAGAGAAGGGGAAUUAACGAGUAGAGAAAUUUAAGUGGAUCGCCCACUGGGUCUCCGCAAAGAAUGGGAUCUGUAUCUUCAAAUGUGUCAAGGGUUUUAUAUUUGUCACAUACAGAUGCCCUUGUAGAUUUAUAUCUACAUAGAUGUUGGGGGGAACUCGCUGUAAUGGAUAUAAUUCAUACAAUUUCUUAUAAACCCUUGACAACAUGUGAAACAAAUGCUGAUUAGAGUUGAUAUUUGGAGGGAGGGAAGACGGGCCAAUGGAUAAGAUGCCUCGAUGAAAGAUCUGAAACACGCCGAUUGAGACUGAAUGAAGCGGGUCCCCUCUGGUCUCCAGAUGAAUUCCACAACCACCGUCCGCUCAAAUGUCUACAACUUGACAAGGCGGUGCACCGUGUCCUGCAUUGGCGGGGGAGGUUGUAGUUUCUGGAAGAAAACAAACAACAUUUUUCACAAUGUGAAAAAGUUUGCGAUGUAUCCUUAGUUUUUCAGAGUGUUACAAUCCAUAAAAUAUGGUGAUACUGGCUAAGGAAAGAAUCCAGGGUAGAAAUUAGUUUGGUCCCGUCGUAGCCAUGGAGUUGACAGAAAAUACAUAAUGAUGAUGAGCAAGCGUUACAAUGAAGAUUAUUUUUCAGUGCAGAAUGCUGUCGGGUGCAAAUAAGGUUGGGUCGCGGUUUCCAAGCUGUUCCUCAGCCUGGCAGGGAUUUGUUGUUGUGCUGUAAUAAAAUCGUCUGGAUUCACUCGGCA